AUGCCAAAGUCUCGUAUUGUAGCACGACGGGCAGCAAAGAUAGUAUUGUCAGACCGUAGUCCCGCACUGGCACUCAAAAUCUCACAAAUGCGCCUCACAAUCGCGCCAAUAGUUCAUGUAAUCACCGGAAAACCCGCCCCCGACUUCCCUCAUACAAUGCUCUCCCUCUUCCUACUCACCGAAGAGCAACUCGACGCCCUCGCCAACUACUACAGCCAAGUCACACCAACAGCCCUAACACAGCAGUACCCGAAAACAAUGGACUGGAAUCAGCCCUUCUUGGACAAGGAUCCGGCAUUGCCGGAGAACUGUCGGCUGAGUGAGCUAGAGAGGCUAAAGGUCAAAAUGAGGAUGUUUGCAAGGUUUAUUGGCAUGAGGGGGGCGCAUACGCCAAGGUGGGAGUAUGAAAAGCAAAUAGAGAUAUUAAGGAAUAAGAUUGAGAAGAGUGUGCGGGAGGAGGAGCAUGCAUUGAGGAAGACUUAUUGUGGCGUCAUCUUCUCCCUUCUCCUAUCCGGCAUGACUAUCAGAGCGUCAAAGUUAACGCCGGAGGUGCUGCUUGAAGCACCUCGCCGAUCGGAAGGUGUCCCAAACACAGAUGCCUCAAAGGUGCUCUAUAGUGUCUCGACGUAUAGCUUCUCGGAACAUACAAAAAGGUCCGAGAUCCGGUUAUUAGAUGUCGCGAGCCAGCAGACAAGCCUCGUUACCGACGAAAAGUCUGCUAGCGAUCCUACGUGGCUAGACGAUGACAUUAUUCUGUUGUUGCAGUCCAAUAGGAUGGAACUACAAGUCAAAUACACCGCUGGCUCCAUCGAAGGCCCAGUAGGCGAUCUUAAGAUUCAUGCUCUAGGUAAUGGCGAGUUCGCUCUCGCCGUGUCCGGUAAAGCAAAGCACGACGGCUCACUGUACAACCCUGAAAAGGCAGAAAAGCCACCUUCCUCGGGCAAGAUUUACAAAUCGGGCUUUGUCCGUCACUGGGACCAUUACGUCACGGAAACACGUAAUGCGAUAUGGUUAGGCAAGUUAUAUCAGCAGAAGAAGAAUGGCUCCCGAACUUUUGAACUGAAGCACGGAUUGGAAAACGCAUUAAAGGGCACGAACCUAGAAAGCCCGAUCGAUCCAUUCGGUGGAAAAGAUCAUUUCGACAUCUCAAAGUAUGGGCUAGUGUUCACUGCGAAGGAUCCGUGCCUCAACCCAGCUGCGCACACGAAGAGCAAUCUCUAUAUCUCGGCAUCCGAAAAAUUCUGGGACGAACUACACUUGACCCGUGUCCCGAAGAUCGAGAAAACUUCGAUUAAAGGCUUUGAUGGUGCCAGUACCAGCCCUACUUGGUCCAACUCUGGCAAGAUGAUUGCUUUCCUGUCGAUGAAAACCGACGGCUACGAAUCGGAUAAGAACCAACCUUUCAUCAUCCGUGAUUAUAAACAGCCAUCACAGCUGAGUAGUAUCUUCGCUUCUCAAGAUGGAAGGGGCAAGUGGGACAGGAGCCCCCAAUCGAUAGCUUGGAGUCCGGACGACUGGCAGUUGUACUUCACCGCGGAAGAAAAUGGACGUGGGAACCUUUAUCGAGCUGGACCCCCUAAGUCCCCAGAUGGAAAGCAACGCCUACCGUCAUUGCUUGUCAAGGGAGGAACUAUCACCGCAGCUCAAGUGCUCAAGAAUGGCGACAUCUUCGUGACCUCUACCAGCUUUAUUGAGAACAGUCUGUACUCCCUUGUUCCCAUUAGCAAGCGGUCUAACCAGACGGACGUCUACACCCUAGCGAAUGACGACCGACCAUUCGAUUCCAUACCGGAUCAUCUUACAACGCAAUAUAUUUCCUCGAACACACGCUCUGGAUCUAUGUUCGGCCUCUCCCGCCGACAAAUUAACGAAAUCCAUUGGCCUGGUGCAGCCCCGGACACAUUAAUUCACGCCUGGGUCGUCAAACCUAGCAAUUUUUCAUCCCUCAAGAAGUAUCCGCUCGCCUACCUCAUCCAUGGUGGUCCGCAGGGGGCCUGGACAGACGGCUGGAGGAAUCCGCUAGUGUUCGCAGAGCAGGGCUACGUCGUUAUCUGCCCAAAUCCGACCGGCUCAACUGGUUACGGACAAGUGUUUGUCGACGCAAUUCAGGGAGAAUGGGGCGGCCUACCAUACAACGAUCUCGUCCUUGGAUUUGACUGGAUCAAACAAAACCUCGCAUACGUUGACACUGCACGAUCCGUCGGCUUGGGAGCUUCCUAUGGCGGUUACAUGAUGAACUGGAUCCAAGGCCACCCUCUAGGCCGCCAAUUCAAAGCCCUAGUAACCCAUGACGGUGUCUUUAGCAUGACCGGCCAAAUGGCUUCUGAAGAACUAUACUUCCCCUUCCACGACCUUCAAGGCCCGCUUUGGAAAAAUGCUGAGGGCUGGGCGAAGUGGGAUCCAUCGGGAUUCACUCAACAUUGGGCGACACCGCAUUUGAUUGUCCAUAGUGAGUUGGAUUAUAGAUUAACGAUUAGUGAGGGGUUGGCUGCUUUCAAUGUGUUACAGAUGAGAGGUGUGGAGAGCCAAUUUCUGACCUUUCCUGAUGAGAACCAUUGGGUAUUGAAACCUGAGAAUGGGUUGAUGUGGCAUGAGGUUGUUCUGGAUUGGAUUAAUGGAUAUGUGGGAUUGGAAAAGUACACUGAGAGUAGGAAGGCGGCGAAGGCGUAG